UUACACCUUUAUAUCCGACAACCCCAAGGAGACUUUCAUCACCUAUGGAGGGACUUCCGUGACAGGGCCAGCUUUUCAUCUGCAAUACAGUAACCGACUGUACUCCAAGCUUGCUUCAUUCAGAUACAUACCAAUAGGCACACAUCUACCUCUAGAGCCUCUCUGCUCAACUCCACCACAGACAGAAGCAGCCAGUUCCAGCCAGUUCUGCGGAGUGGGCCCCGACAGCCAUUUUGCCACCAAGGAAGUCGGGGUGUUUGUCCGGACAACGACAACUUCACCUCCAUCCGAUUAAGACAUUCAUUGCAAAAGACGUACGCACAUCUCCCUGUCGGGUUGUCUUCCAGUCCACCCUACAGAUAGGGCAUGCGCACACAAACGACAGAAACGCACUUCACAAAACAACGUCUACACCACAAGAAGGAAAUCCACCACCAUGCCAUCCAUGGAGAACAACCCCGGCCUGAACCACGUAGCCUGCAGGGCCCUACCGCAGCUGCCUGUGACCGUCAUCGCAGCAGCCUACGAUGGGCGCGAUGGACUCGAGGGCGAACUACGGUUCCACGUGAUCACAGGGGGCUACAAGUACCUGUGCAACGCAGGAGAUGUUGGGCUGCCGGAAGAUGAGGAGGGCGUGUACAUCCUGUAUCAGGACCGGGCACUGCAGGUUGCUGGACCGAUGUGCGACCAGCGGCGUUGCUGUGCCUCCCAUGUGUGCGCCUGCUAUGACGCCUCUGCCACGCUCCCGCUAACAACGAUUACCACAACCAUGAUGCACAACUGGACCACGGCUGAGCACCAGCAGUACCACCGCCAGCGCCUGCUUGUUGCUAAGGGCGACCGCUUGCUCGCGCAGCACCGCCACCGCCAGCUUCGCGCCAGGCUGGCUGGAAGGAUCGGCAGGAUUGGCUCGGUCGCGUACGGGAAGAAGACGGCAUCUCUGCUGCCGCCGCGCGGUCCUUGCCGCGCCUGCCUCGCCAACUGGACAUGUGUGCAGGCGGCCGCGGAGGCGGCCCGCGACCUUGGUCUACUCUUGUUGAGACAUCCGCGACCGCUGACGCGCACCGGCCUGCUCGGACGCCGCGGGUUUCAUUUCGACGGGGCGCUGGCGCUUGCCGAGGGCCGGUGCGACGACGUCGGCCACGGCCACGGCCACGGCUACAGCUACGGGCACCAAGAGUGGAUGGGUCGCCACGGGGCCGGGGUAGGACGGGGCAACGAGGGCCGCCCGCGCGCGAUGACCUGCUCGCCGCUCGUCUUCGAGUGGAUGCGCGACGCGUGGACUGGGUUUGUCGCCGAGGGUGAGUUCCAGACCCGAGCUAGCCGCGUCAUGACACUGGCAGAGGUAAGCCGCGAGGAGCGACAAGAGAUCAAUGCAGGGAGAUCGCGGGGAGACGAGGAGAAGGAAGACGAAGAGGAUGCCGAUAUCAACGACUGGGAGAACGACUGGGAGUGGGAUACCCUGGAUCUCCUGUGUAAACCGGAGAAGCCCAGGUCCGACACAUGGACGGAGAUGGAGAUGGAGACAUUUUCUACUGCCACGACUCUCGCGGAGUCUGGAAGAAAGGAUGAUGACGACUUUGACUUUAUCGACGAUCUCAUCAAUGAGGAGUUCCCUAAGCUGCGCAAGGAUAAUAUGACCACGACCGAUGCUGAGACUACGACUAGUAAUCUCAGUACCGGUGCCAAGGUUCGUGCACCAGACGUUCCCGUGAUCUUGGUCUCGCUACCGGAGGAAGAGCAGCCUCAAAAGCGCGACAAUACCGUAAGAAAUGAGCACGACAACAGCGAGGAGGAGGGGGGAGGCGGCGGCGGCGACGAUCCAGCACUUCCGGUACCCGUCAUCAUCCCCCCAAAGAACAUGGCCGUGGCGCGGGACCUAUCGCUCUGUGCUGCGCGCGAGGAGAGUGAGCGGUCGACGGCGGCGAUGGACGCAGACGUGGAGAUCGAGACGGACAUGUUGCGUUCGCAGGCCUGGGACAUCAUCCAGCGGCCGUCGUGCGCAGAGCUAGAAGAAGCGUUCGCCCCGGACUCCUCCUCGACGGGCACUGCGAUCCUCGUCUGAUGCUACCUGCGACCCCGAUCCAAAUUCGGCAACCACGGCACGGAGGGGGGAUUCUA